AUGAAUGAAAUCUACAUCGAGCCACUCUUGGAAGUAUAUGACUGGGAAACAAUGGAUCCCAAGGACCGAUGGGACCAAGAGCAACUGAUAGAACUGGAACGAUUUCUUGAACUUGAACAACUAGCAUUGAUGCAGGACGAACUUGAACAAAUACAACAAACUGAAGCCGUCCAAACAUUACAACAAGAACAACGAAAUCACAAAGAACUCAUUCAACUCCAACAAUGGGAAAAUAUCGUAUUUUUAAUUCAGCAAUACAACCAAGACUAA